GAUUGAGGCGCUCAUUCUUUUUGAAACUUUGUAAGAGUAACACACGUUCUUGACCCACGUUUUCUCAAGUUUUGAGAUCUUCACAAUCAAGAAGCUAUUAGUCAGAGACUCAGAGUGAAAUGCGCUUUAUCAUUGUAGACAACCGAAAAUUUCUACCCCGAGACUGUCGUCUCACUACUGUUCUUGGGAUCCUGAAGGAAACAGCCGUCUUGGGCCGAACAACUUCAUGGACUCAUUUUGGCAUGGCAAUUGUCGGAGAGAAUAUGUUUACAAAUGUACUGUCUUUGCAAGACAUGAAGCACCUUUCUCUUCCUGGAUUUAACAAAGCUUUUGACGACACCAUUAAAAUUAUUAACAACAAUAAUGCUGGGUUCGGGUCGAAUUUGAUAGAGAAAAAGCAAAAACUGUUGAGCAACAUCUGUUCUGCAUUGCAAAAUACAAUCAAACAGUUCAAAGAGCUAAAAGAAAAGAAGGAAAAAGAAUUGUUGAUAACCAUAAUAGCCGUUCAUUGGGAAGGAAAAGUUGAACAAGAAAUCGACGAAUUUUUUCAUUCCACUCGUGAUGCAUCCAAUGUUCAGAUUCAAGUCCUAGAGAUCGGCAACAAAAACUUCUUGAAGGAUUCUGUAGUGUCGGAAAAAGUUCGCGUUCAUUCGUUACCAAUUAAGGGACUCGAUAUUUCCAUGGAAGCUAUUUGUAAAAGUUGGGCAAAAAGGCGUCCUUUUGAUCUAAAAUUUAAUUUUCCUAACAACGGUCCCGAGGUGGUUGCGAAAGUCGAAGACUUGUUUGUUGAUUUACGCCCUUCUCAAACAGACCUUCCACAGAACCUGACCAUCACAGCAGUAACUUAUCCAAUGGAUUUGUGUCGGUCGUACGCAUAUGGCCGAUGCGUUUUGCUUUCUAGCGAUACGAACACGUCUGCUAACAGCUACCGCUGGGAAGCUCUGUGCAAACUAGCCAAGAACAAAGAAACCCUGUUAAUAGCCAAGGAAAUUAACACUUUCGCAACCUAUGCUCUUAUUCCUUGUGAUGAUUUACGAAUGCUAAUGCAGCCUAUAGCUUGCGUUGAAUUACUGCUACCGAAACCUGAACCGAACGCAACUGAAUUGAUAUCAGAAGACUUUGAACAGCUCACAAAGAAAAUUCAAUCUACUGAUGAAUAUGGCUUUGGACCAAAUGCAAAUAUCAUUGCACUUUUGAAAGGGGAAUGGAUGAAGAACUUCACUUCUCCUCAACAUGAACCAAAUUCCAAAAUCAAAGGGAAUCAGCAAACCAAGAAACCUAAAAACAAUUCGGCACAGAUGACAAACACUAAGACCCGUUCUUUUCACAAGCACCCAGCUUUAGGGAUGUACUCCAGUAAAUAAAAUAAAUAAACAGUUUUCAGGCCAAGAAGGAUGUUUAUUGACCUUGAAGUGACAAAUCAACUGCAAUUUACUUCAAUGGGAUGAAGCGAGAGCUGUGAGUGGCACCAAUACCUGGGCGACCGUGCUUGACAGGCUUGUAACAGAUGCUGAACUCGCCCAAAUGAUGUCCAAUCAUUUCA